AUGGGAGAUAACCUAAACACACCAGCAAACACAACGGGAGAUAACCUAAACACAACAGCAAACACAAUGAGAGAUAACCUAAUCACACCAGCAAACACAAUGGGAUAUAACCUAAACACACCAGCAAACACAACGGGAGAUUACCUAAACACACCAGCAAACACAAUGGGAGAUAACCUAAACACACCAGCAAACGCAACGGGAGAAAACCUAAACACACCAGCAAACACAAUGAGAGAUAACCUAAACACAGCAGCAAACACAACAGGAGCUAACCUAAACACACCAGCAACAACAAUGGGAGCUAACCUAAACACAGCAGCAAACACAACGGAAGAUAACCUAAACACAGCAGCAAACACAACGGGAGAUAACCUAAACACAGCAGCAAACACAAUGGGAGAUAACCUAAACACAGCAGCAAACACAAUGGGAGAUAACCUAAACACAGCAGCAAACACAAUGGGAGAUAACCUAAACACAGCAGCAAACACAAUGGGAGAUAACCUAAACACACCAGCAAACACAAUGGGAGAUAAUCUAAACACAGCAGUAAACACAAUGGGAGAUAACCUAAACACAGCAGCAAACACAAUGGGAGAUAACCUAAACACAGCAGCAAACACAAUGGGAGAUAACCUAAACACAGCAGCAAACACAAUGGGAGAUAACCUAAACACACCAGCAAACACAAUGGGAGAUAACCUAAACACACCAGCAAACACAAUGGGAGAUAAUCUAAACACAGCAGCAAACACAAUGGGAGAUAACCUAAACACAGCAGCAAACACAAUGGGAGAUAACCUAAACACAGCAGCAAACACAAUGGGAGAUAACCUAAACACAGCAGCAAACACAAUGGGAGAUAACCUAAACACACCAGCAAACACAAUGGGAGAUAAUCUAAACACAACAGCAAACACAAUGGGAGCGUACCUUAACACAACAGCAAACACAAUGGUAGAUUAUCUCAACAUAGCAGUAAACACAAUGGUAGAUUAUCUCAACAUAGCAGUAAACACAAUGGUAGAUUAUCUCAACAUAGCAGAAAACACAAUGGUAGAUUAUCUCAACAUAGCAGAAAACACAAUGGUAGAUUAUCUCAACACAGCAGAAAACACAAUGGUAGAUUAUCUCAACAUAGCAGAAAACACAAUGGUAGAUUAUCUCAACACAGCAGAAAACACAAUGGUAGAUUAUCUCAACAUAGCAGUCAACACAAUGGUAGAUUAUCUCAACAUAGCAGUCAACACAAUGGUAGAUUAUCUCAACAUAGCAGUAAACACAAUGGUAGAUUAUCUCAACAUAGCAGUAAACACAAUGGUAGAUUAUCUCAACAUAGCAGUAAACACAAUGGGAGAUUAUCUCAACAUAGCAGUAAACACAAUGGGAGAUUAUCUCAACAUUAGUGAUGGGCAAUCGGUUGAAUUUUACAAUCGAUUAUGGGUUACAAUCGGAGACCAUCAACCGAUUAGACAUCGGCUAUAA